UCAUUCAGUUCAAAUGCUAACCUCGGUAAAAUGCUUUGACGUAAUUCUCCAUUUUAUUUCGCCGGCAAUCCAGAUUCAGCGAAUUGAAAUAAUGUCCGCACAAAACUGUUCUUACACCUUUAUCGGAGAUGGCGUUCGAUACGAAAAGUCUAGCUGGAAAGCUAGGAUGGGUGAUAAGCUCGACAAAUUCCUCCUCCUCAUGUGGAAAAACUGGUUGCUCCAGUACCGCCGACCUGUCCAAACGUUGGUAGAAAUAGUGGUUCCAGUGUUGUUCUCCCUACUCUUGGUUGUCAUCAGGAGAUUGGUGGAUCCAGAACUACACGAAGCGGUGAUUUUCAAGCCCUUUUGCACCAUUCCUAUGUACGACAGCGCCAGCGUUUUGAAUAUGAUGUGCAAUCCUGGUAAUACGCUUGAACUUGAACAAUUGAAUCUACAUAGUUUCAGAGUUUUGAGUCAGAUGGGAGGAAGAAGCAGUAACAGCAGUCUAGGGAUGGAUUUUGGAAAUUUUUCUUUGGUCUACUCUCCGAGAAGCGAAGCUCUGGAAAAGGCCAUGAACAUUUUCAAAUUAGCCUUUGGAGAAGUUGUAGAAAUAGAGGAUUCCAAUGCUCUCAAUGACUAUUUCCAGCUCAACGCUACCAACAUGACCUUUGCUGGUAUUGAAUUCGAUGAUAGUUAUAAAGGUGUUACAAAUUUAAGCACGAUUAAAAAUUUUAAGGUUUCUAUAAGGUUUCCAGGAGAAACCAGACUCCAAUUAGACGAAUUUAGGAUAAAUAAUUGGAGAACUAAUCUCAUUUUUCCCGUCUUUCAAACACCGGGACCACGGCAAUACGUAUUAACCACUGGCGCUGCACCAAGCUACUAUGGCGAGGGAUUUUUGGCUGUUCAGCACUUUUUAACUCUCUCCCUGAUAUUGGCGAGAAAGGGCAUUUCGUUGGAAGAGAAUCCAUUCUGGUUACUAGAAAACACACCUCCCGUAAUCAGUAUGAGGAGGUACCCAUAUCCGGAAUGGUCUGAAGACAUUUUGCUGACCCCUUUGAAAUCUAUGCUGGGUAUAAUAAUGAUGUUGAGCUUUGUCUAUACGUGCAUCAAUACAGUUAAAUCCAUUACUACCGAAAAAGAAAAACAGCUCAAGGAGUCUAUGAAGAUAAUGGGACUACCCAACUGGUUGCACUGGACCGCUUGGUUCAUGAAAUCUUUCAUUUUCCUCUUCAUUUCAGCGGUACUGAUAGUAAUUCUACUGAAAGUCAAAUGGUAUCCUAACACAGACUACACUGUCUUCACUUACGCGGAUCCCUCUGUGAUGCUCUUCUUUUUCUUCUUCUAUAUCUGCUCCAUCAUCACCUUCUGCUUUGCCAUCAGCGUCUUCUUCUCCAAAGCUAACACCGCUGCCACCAUAGCUGGGUUAGCUUGGUUUGUAUCCUACGCCCCUUACUUGUUUAUGCAGCAAACGUACGAUAGUUUGAGCCUGUCGUCGAAGUUAUUCGCGUCUUUGGGUUCCAACAGCGCCAUGGCUUUCGGCUUCCAGGUGAUGCUAAUGUAUGAAGGAACUGGAGAAGGUGUCCAAUGGAGCAACAUAUUUACCCCCAACAAUCCAGACGAUAAGCUAACCUUGGGGUUAAUCUUGAUCAUGUUAACUGUUGACACUUUCAUUUAUUUAAUUAUUGCUUUAUACGUCGAGGCAGUGUUUCCUGGGGAUUACGGGGUGCCGCAGCCCUGGUACUUUUUAUUCACAUCCAGCUUUUGGUGCGGCCCCUCUAGUUUAACAAGAGUGGAAGAUCUGAGUGCAAAAGUCAACGAAGGAGAAUUCUUCGAGGAAGAACCGCGACAUCUACGCGUUGGUAUCGAAAUAAAAAACCUGCGGAAAGUGUUCAAUAACAAGGCAGCUGUUCAACGACUAUCUGUCAAUAUGUUUGAAGAUCAAAUAACAGUCCUGUUGGGUCAUAACGGUGCAGGGAAGACAACCACCAUGUCCAUGUUGACCGGAAUGAUAACCCCUACCUCUGGUACAGCCAAGGUCAACGGUUACGACAUUCGGACUGAUAUGGGUGGGGUGAGAAGCAGCUUGGGACUGUGCCCCCAGCACAACAUUAUCUUCGACGAGCUGACUGUUGCGGAGCACCUGUACUUUUUUAGCAAGCUGAAAGGUCUUCAACGGAAGUACAUUCCGGAUGAGAUAAACAAAUACGUUCAGUUGCUGGAGCUGGAGGACAAGAGAAAUGCCAAAUCAGCGACACUUUCAGGGGGGAUGAAGAGAAAAUUGUGUGUCGGAAUGGCCUUGUGUGGAAAUUCUAAAGUAGUAAUGUUAGACGAGCCCACAGCUGGUAUGGAUCCUUCUGCUAGAAGAGCUCUAUGGGAUCUUCUUCAGAAUCAAAAGGAAGGUCGUACAAUGCUUCUAACCACUCACUUCAUGGACGAAGCUGACCUCCUUGGUGACAGGAUUGCGAUAAUGGCAGGUGGAGAGCUGCAGUGUUGCGGAUCUAGUUUCUUCCUGAAAAAGAAGUAUGGAGCGGGAUACAGCCUCAUUUUGGACAAAUCUAGAGAUUGUGAACCUUCAGAAGUAACUCAGUUGUUACAAAACCAUAUACCAGGCAUUGAGAUACACAGUAAUAUUGGAUCGGAACUGACGUACUUACUGUCGGAAAGUCAAUCAUCUCAGUUCGAACCGAUGCUGAAAGACUUAGAAGAGCAUUCCGAAAGGUUGGAAAUUCGCAGUUAUGGAAUUUCUCUUACAACAUUGGAAGAAGUAUUUAUGAAGGUUGGUGCUGACCGUGGUAUGGAAAAUGGUGAUUUCGAUAAUCCGGAAACAGCCAUCUUACAAAAUGGCAAUAUUUCUGCAAAUGGUCGCGCGACAAGCGGGGAUACAAAAAUUAAUGUUGGUACGCAUCCCUCUUACGAAGACGGAUUAAAGCUCUUGAUUAACCAAUUCCUAGCCAUGUUAAUGAAAAAGUUCCUAUCUACAUUCCGCUCCUGGAUCCUGCUCAUAAUCCAAAUAAUGAUGCCUGUUCUCUUCCUUAUCAUCGCGAUGGUAGUGGCACGGAACCAGAAGAGGACGGGAGAUUUACCAGCGCUAGGUAUUGACCUGACCCGAUUUAAGAACCCAGUUACCGUGGUAGAAGAUAAUCCAAAUUCUACAUACACAAAAACGUACUUGGACAUUUUGAAGGACUUAAGUUAUGAUUUCGAAGUGAUAGACAAUAUAACUGAUAGAAUGUUGAGUCUGACAGCAGAGGCGUCAGUUCGAGUUCGAUUGAACUACAUUGUGGGUGCAUCUUUCGGCGAUAUCGAAACAGGAGGGACGAAAAUUCCACAUAUAACAGCCUGGUUCAACAAUGAUCCUUAUCAUUCUCCGGCUAUCUCCUUGAGCCUGGCUCUAAAUGCCAUGUUCAGACAAAUGUUAGAAUGUGAUGACUGCUCCAUCAAAUUUACGAAUCAUCCUAUGCCAUAUACCGCAGAAGUACAGGUAAAACAGCUUCUUUCUGGUCAAUCAAUGGGCUUUCAGUUAGCCUUCAACCUAGGAUUCAGUAUGGCCUUCGUCUCGUCAUUCUACGUACUUUUCGUGGUAAGAGAGAACGUUUCGAAAUCCAAACACCUUCAGUUUGUUUCCGGUGCAAAGGUCUUAGUUUUUUGGUUAACAUCAGCGUUAUGCGACAUGUUUACCUAUCUGGUGACAAUUGCAGCCGUAUUGAUUACCUUGACCUGUUUCCAAGAGAAUGGAUUUAAGACUGUAGAAGACAUAGGUCGGAUGUUCUUGAUAUUCUUCUACUUCGGCUGGGCAUUCUUGCCGAUGUUGUAUAUUGCGGGGUAUUUCUUUGACGUUCCCUCGACAGGUUAUACGCGGAUGACGAUGUUCAGCACCUUCACAGGAGUCACAGCCUUCUUAGUGGUACAGGUCCUUUCCAGCCCAGGUUUCAACCUGGAGCACAUUGGCCGGGCCCUCCACUGGGCAUUCUUAGUCUUACCUCACUAUUCGUUAGCGACGGGAAUCAAUAAUUGUUUUAUGUUCUACUCGUAUAAGAGGUUAUGCACUCAAUGCAUCAACGGGAUCUGUAGCAACUCCACCAGCUAUUUUACGAACAUCUGCAAGGGAGUUGAAGAGAGUUACUACAGAUGGGAUCCCCCAGGUAUUGGCAGAAAUUUGAUGUUCUCAUUCGUCGGAGGCAUCGUCCUCUUUCUAGUUCUUCUAUGUGUCGAAUUUGAACUGUUUUCCAGAAUAAUCUACUACGUAUCGCAAAAAUACUUUCCCAAGAAACCGAUAGAGUUAGCAGAGGAAGACUCAGACGUGGCAGAAGAGAAACAAAGAAUCAGGAACGCCCCUCAACAAGAACUACUAAACAACUACACCCUGAUCCUUCGUGACCUCACCAAGUACUACAAGAACUUCUUGGCAGUAAACUCUUUGUGUCUAGGUGUACAGGAGUAUGAGUGCUUCGGCUUACUAGGGGUUAACGGUGCCGGUAAGACCACCACGUUUAAAAUGAUGACAGGAGACGUGAGGAUCACUUACGGAGAUGGUUGGGUAAACGGAUUCAGCAUAAAGAAUCAAAUCAAGCGAGUGCAGAAGUCUAUAGGGUAUUGUCCCCAGUUCGACGCACUCCUGGACGACAUGACUGCUAGGGAGACUAUAACUAUGUUCGCUUUGCUAAGAGGGAUCCGAUACAGCGAUUGUAAGGCUCUGGCAGAAACACUGGCGAGAGAGUUCGAUUUCCUGCGGCACCUGGACAAGAAAGUAAAAGAACUCAGUGGAGGAAACAAGAGAAAGCUGAGUACCUCGAUUUCCUUGAUCGGAGAUCCACCUGUGAUUUACCUUGAUGAACCCACCACAGGUAUGGACCCGGCGACGAAGCGCUACCUGUGGAACGCGCUGUGCAAGAUCCGCGACAGCGGCAAGUGCGUGGUCCUGACCUCCCACAGCAUGGAAGAGUGCGAGGCUCUCUGCACCAGGCUGGCCAUCAUGGUUAACGGUCAGUUCAAGUGUCUAGGUUCCACGCAGCACCUCAAGAACAAGUUUGCUGAAGGUUACACCAUCACCAUCAAGUUGAGGAAGCUGGAGGACGACACCCACCAGCAGUACGAGACGGGUCCGGUGGAGCAGUUCAUUCAGGCGCAUUUCGACGGAGCCAAACUUAGGGAGAAGCACCAGGAGCUCUUGAACUACUACGUAACCAGUAAAUCGAUACCCUGGUCGCAGAUGUUCGGUAUCUUGGAGAGGGCGAAACGGGCGGAUCUUAAUAUAGAAGACUACUCCUUAGGGCAGAGCAGUCUUGAACAGGUGUUUCUGACGUUUACCAGACAACAGCAUUAACUAAUUAAUUUUUACGAUCUUUAGAUUGUACAAAUUAAUGGUAAAAAGUGCCUUUACAGCACUACAAAAAUAUAUGUGAUGUGUGUACUUUAUUUAAAUGUACUGUUUUAAUACUGAACCAAAUAUAUAUCAUAUUUAUUCUUUAGUA